GCGCUGAUAACGAUUACCGUUCCAAGUUUUGGGUUAUGAAGGGUUAAAGACCGUGAACUAGCGAUUGCACGCCGAGUGUUGUGUUUGUAUGACAUAUGUAUCCAACUAAAUUUUGUGAUGUUCCAACCCAGUGUUUCUAUUACUACUAUUAUUCUUAACUGAAUCCUUUAUGUGUCGUUUAUGUGUCGUGCAGUGUCUGUGCUACGAGGCGUAGUGGUAACAUCGCGUCGUUCUAUGGUUGUGCGAUUGUAUAAUUCAACCUCGUGACGAUAUCGAUCGCCGGCGAAUCGAUUCAGACGAUGUGCGAGUCACGGGAAAGGGCAGUGACCAAGGGUCCCAUCCGGGUCGGUUUCUACGACAUCGAAAGGACCAUCGGCAAAGGGAAUUUCGCCGUCGUCAAACUGGCUAGACAUCGUAUCACCAAAACAGAGGUUGCGAUUAAAAUAAUCGAUAAAUCUCAAUUGGAUGGCGGAAAUUUGCAGAAAGUUUACCGGGAAGUUGAGAUCAUGAAGCAAUUGGAUCAUCCGCAUAUCAUCAAAUUAUAUCAGGUCAUGGAAACGAAAAAUAUGAUCUACAUAGUGUCUGAAUACGCAAGCCAAGGUGAAAUAUUCGAUUACAUCGCUCGUUACGGUCGAAUGCCCGAGCACACGGCGAGGAGUAAAUUUCUGCAAAUUCUGUCAGCUGUCGAAUACUGCCACGCCAGGAGAGUCGUCCACAGAGAUCUGAAGGCUGAGAAUCUGCUACUGGAUGCCAACAUGAACAUCAAGAUAGCCGACUUCGGCUUUUCCAAUUACUACACCCAAGGCGAACUCUUGGCAACGUGGUGCGGCAGUCCGCCUUAUGCCGCCCCAGAGGUUUUCGAAGGAAAGAAGUACACGGGCCCAGAAAUCGAUAUCUGGAGUCUCGGCGUUGUUCUGUACGUGCUGGUAUGUGGAGCCCUCCCGUUCGACGGCUCCACAUUGCAGACAUUGAGGGAUCGCGUACUGAGCGGAAGGUUUCGCAUACCUUACUUCAUGUCUUCAGAUUGUGAAUCCCUCAUCCGAAAAAUGCUCGUAUUGGAACCAACGCGUCGAUACACGGCCGAACAAAUCAGGAAGCACAGAUGGCUCCAGCAGCACCAGCCCAAUAGUCAGUGCGCAGAACCAAAUGAACAAAUAUUACGACUGAUGCAAAGCUUAGGAAUUGAUCAAGCAAAAACCAAAGAGAGUCUGAAACUUAAUAGUUAUGAUCAUCACGCAGCAAUAUAUUUAUUACUUUUGGAAAGGCUUCGAACUAAUGCUAAUAUAUCUGGAGAUAACAAAACUGGUGAAACCAGGAGACCAUCAUCAGUUGCCGAACAAGCGAUGAGAAGGACUCCUGCUGGAAGUGUUGAUGCUUCACCUGUCAGGUUAUCUUCUGAACAUCACAGCCCACGACAUCAAGUUCAUUCUCCCCAUUUAAGUAGAGCUGCUCAGCACGCUAGUUUAGGCGAUUAUCACCUUCACCAUCAACAAAAUCAACAAUCAUCAAAUCAGCAACACCAGUCCGCGAAUCAACAAUAUAAUACAAGGCCAUCGCCAGUGCAGAAUACUUCUGCUGAUAGUUCUACAAGACUGCCUUUAUUGACAUCAAAUAGCUUCGAUUCGAAGACUAGAAGAUUAUGUAGCAGUGGCACUGAUGGCAAAAUAAGUUGUAAUAUGAACUCAGGUUAUACAAUGAGCGCGGAAGCUGCAAAAUUAUUAGUCACCCUAAGGCAAAGUCCUUUACCGCUCACAACACCGCCUUUUAGAGAUUAUAUGAACCACAUACAGGCCUACGCAUUUCUCCAGAACGCGGGUCAAGAUUUGGUUAAUCCAACUUCUUCGCCCCAACAUAGCAGUAGUCGUUCACAUAAAUCAUCAGACUUUCAUCAGCAAUGUUCUUCAUCAACUGAUGAAGGAUGUGAAACUGAUAUGGAGGACCAAGAACGAGUGCAUAGAUUAAGUUCAUAUGCGAGUUCAAGUUCCAGUAGUGGAGUCGCCGUUGGCUAUCAUUCAAAAUCUUUGAGCUGUGAUUCUGCAUCGUCGAGGAGUACAUUAUCAGCAUUUGACAGUUUGGAAAGACGAUUGUCUAGUGACUGUCCAGGUGAUUGUCCCAGCGAAUUAGCUGGUUCGUUGCCAAGUUGUGCGUCUAACCCCGCGAUAAACGAAAGCGGCAGCAGUACGACAACCUGCGGUUCACCAUGUCCGUCAGGCGCACGCAGCAAAAUCCGUCCAAUGAGUGCUGCCGGCGGUGCAAACGCCGCGUCAAGUCGAAACAGUUCAUGCAACCGCUCUGGAAUGGCCAGGAGAGCCACCACCAGAGUUGGCGGUUCUAGGGCGUACCUAUCGAGAAGUCCAGUAGAUUUCAGAGAAGGCCGACGUGCUAGUGAUGGACUGGUGGCCCAAAAAGUGACUUCACAAACGGACCGCACGAAUAUCGCGUUCGAUAGCAGACGCUUAAAUGAAGCUUGCAAAACACGAGGAGUAUUUGAACUGCAUUUGGUGCAAAGAGAAGCCAAAAUGCUGAAAACCCAAUACCAAACAUCUGUUACUCUCGACGAAAUGAACCAAAGACAAAUGCAACAUGAUCAAUUCGCUUCUCUUGGAUGUAGCCCUGAGAGUUUCGCUUAUGUGGGCUGCGGUAAUUCUGGCCAAAGUACGAAUCCACAAGACGCUGGCAACCUUGACAUCAAGUCACCUCUUCAACAACAGUUGAUGCAACAUCGCCUUUUGCAGCAAAAACGUCAAAUUUUGCAAAAGCAAUGUGCACUAUCCAAUACUUCCGGAGAAAUGAUCAUACCACCAGGAUUACAUCAAAUGACGGCGCUGACUCGUAGACAAAUGUUGCGUCAACAAAGCUAUAAAAUGGCCCAACAAACCCAAAUACUUCCUCCGCUACCUUUGGCUGAACUUGGUGAAAGUUACAUCGAAGAAACGGGUCCUUGUGCAUCAAAUAACGCCGAAAUUCAACAUCAGGAAAGGCUUUUAGCCCAAGAAAAGUAUCAAGAAAGACUUGCCGCACAGCAAGAUCGAUUGCACCCUUUGCAGCAAUCUGACAGACACAUGUCCAAAGAAAAUUUUCUACCUCAAGAUACAGAAAAGUAUCUAUCUCUGCAACAGAGUCCGCAAAGAAGUUGUAAUUCUGCUGCCAGCCAAUUAGCGAAGCAAGAAUGGACAAACUUGACCAGCACCAUGCAAAAUGCUUGCCAUAUUAACGAUUUAAUGGGUAGUCAAGAGUGCGCUCAUAUUACUGCAGGAUCGGGUAGUGGAAGACUUCAAAGUCAGUGGUCCAGUAGUGGCCAUCAUCUACACCAGCCACAAUGGCUUCAAUCCGCGCCAAUACAUCAGCAAUGUUAUCAGGUAUAUGGUUUUCACGAGUGA